AUGACCAAAGUUCCGAAUCCAUCAUUACCGCAUUCUCAGGUUUCCAACUCCAAGGAACGAACCGGAGUCUUUCUGAAUAUCAAAGAGACCGGUGGACCCAGCCAGCAAGCGUUCGUCUGGGCGACCAGAUCUGAGCUCAACUGUCUCAGCAAGCAUGAGGCGAGACAUACCAGACCACACCGCUGCACAGAACCGGGGUGCGCACGGAAGGACGGGUUUGGUACCCAGAACGAUCUCGAUCGACAUCGAAAGAGUGUCCACGGCACGAACGGGAUCAAAUUUAGCUGCCCCCUCGACCAGUGUGCGAGGAAGUCGAAACUCUGGCCACGGGCAGAUAACUUCCGACAGCAUCUGAAGAGGGUCCACAGUUUGCCUAUCGAUAGCGAUGUCGAUCUUGAGAAAUACAAGGUCCAAUCCCCAAACAGUGAGGAUCCGGUCCUCACGUCCGUCGGAGUUGCCCCCGAACAGAAUCUUGCCUCUAACUCUUGUGAUGUCGGUUUCGAAGCUUGGGGUGGGUCGGAAGUCAGUGAGGAUAUGUCUGAAAAUAGUGAUGCCGACGGAGGAGAUCCAUUUGCCGCGGAGAGUGACCUGCAACUUCCAAGCAACGACAGUUCGUUGAGGCGACCAGACUUUGGCGGAUCCACUACGACUAAUACUGGCCAGCCUCAGGAUGCGGACGAACCUGAACCUUUGGGAGUAUUGCCACAGGAUGACCUCCGGGACUCCGUGAUACCUAUCGAUAAUCUUGAAGAACAGGUUCAGGAGGCCGUCACUCCGUCACCAAGGGAAUCUUGCGGGUCAGACUCCCCUGAUUUCCGCCCGGAGCAGCUAGAUCGUGACGCCAUGGUUCUCACCACCACAUUGGUUGCUCGUGUUCCAGACAGCGAGCCAACUGAAGUAGCUGUGCUUGACGACGAGGAUGCCAUGGCCAUUGACAGCGAUGAUAGUCAGGCUGCUCUUAGUCCACAUGACCAGCUGGCCAUGGCUUCCGAGCUAGAUAGGGCUUCAUUGAGAAUUAGGCCACGCAGAGACACAGAGGGAGACACAAAGCUCACCGAUGGCGAGCCUCUCUUGGACAACAACGGUGAUUCCGACUCUGAAUCACAAAGAUCCGGGAAUAGAGGAGGCCCGGGGCCUCUAGGCAAGCCGAAGUCGGCCAUUGAUGCCAUUGAAAUGUUGGGACUGACCAACGAAGCGAUGGCAAGCGCCUUCAUCAAGAACCUGGAAGACAAGGGUUUGCUCGAGAAGUUGAUGCAUGAACUCGGAUACGAGAAGACGAAGGAACCAUUAGUAGAAGCGAAGAAGCCUGCUGCCGAACAGCCCUCGUCAAGCAAAAACAAGGUUCGGUGCCACGAAUGCAACAAGACCUUCAAUCGCAAUUGCGAGUUGAAGAAACACAUGAAGCGGCACGAUAAACCUUACGGCUGCACAUAUCCCAACUGCCAGAAGUCAUUUGGCAGCAAGAAUGACUGGAAACGCCACGAGAGCAGCCAACAUUUUAAGCUUGAGAAUUGGAGUUGCGACGUCUGCAACAAGGUGUGCCACCGCCGCGAGACAUUCAAGCAUCACCUCAAGAAGGACCACGGCAUUGAAGAUAGAAAGGUGAUGGAGGAAAAACUUGAACGUGGCCGGACGGGGCCCAAGUACGAGAGAACUCGCUUCUGGUGUGGCUUCUGCUUGCAAAUCAUCGAGACCAACCAGAAAGGACUCGAUGCUUGGAAGGAACGGUACAACCACAUCGACGAUCACUUGAGCGGGCGUAAAUGCAAGAAGGAUAAGUCGGACUGGAAGUCGGAUGAACAGGAUCUAUCAGAUGUACCCGAGGGCGAUGUGUGUGUCGCGGGGUCGGACGAUGGUGAGGCAGACGCUCCCUCGGAGUCGGGCGGUCCCAACGCAGCCGCCAUCGACAAAGCUGACGAAAUAGCCACCCCAUCCGAUGCCCCCGUUCACUCAAGAAAGCGACCGGGGGAGGAAAUCAGGCACAGCUCUAAACGACCGAGGCAUGAACGCAGUCGGCUAUUCUGGGUCUGCAUACGAAAACGGCGCGAUGAUGGAUACAUUGAUUGGAAAUGA